AUGGCAGGUCAAUCAAUGACUUCUCGUACUGGCACAGGCAAUCAACGCUAUGGAUCAAAAGGCGAACGACUGGUAGCAGGCGUUGUACCCUUGUCCAGCGACAAAACCAAAGUCCUCCUCAUACAAUCGUCGAGCCGCACAAGCUGGGUCUUGCCCAAAGGAGGUUGGGAGCUCGAUGAGGACACAGCGUCUGCAGCAGCGCAAAGAGAAGCUUGGGAAGAAGGUGGCAUCAUCUGCAAGAUCGACAAAGAUCUAGGGAUGAUUCCCGAUAUCAGACCUACAAAUGCUGUCACCAAAAAUGCACCAAAAGCUAGUUACCAAUUCUUCGAGGCUACAGUCACAGAAGAGAAGGUUAACUGGCCAGAGAAGCACAAGCGCUCGAGAGCUUGGUACACUUUCUCGCAAGCUGCUCAAUUACUGGCACAACGACCCGAGUUACUGGAAGCUCUCAAAAGAAGUUCUAUGAAGCGGUAG